AUGCUUCGCGCCGAACUCGCGGGUGAGUUUACGUGCGAUGUCUUCGAUAGCGAGGCGUAUCGCCGCGCGUUGACGACGGCGCCGGAAAUUUUCGCCGAGCCGACGGUGCGAGAGGCGUUUGAUUUCACCGCCAAGUCGCACGCGGGGCCGGGGCUGGGACCGCACUUUGAUCGAUGCGUGGACACCGCCAUCACGCUCGCUAAGCUCGGUAUGGACGCUAAAACCGUGGCCGUGGGACUGUUGCACGACACCUUGGACGUGACGUCGAGCACGAAGGAGGACUUGCGCAAGAGAUUUUCAGACGAAGUCGUCGCGUUGGUCGAGGACGUCACUCGAGUACACCGCGUUUCCAAGCUUCAUCGGGCGUCGGGGCGCGUGUUGGAUUUCAACGAACGCGCGCAGUUCCGCGCAAUGUUACUUGCGAUGACAGACGCGCGCGUGGUGAUCGUCAAGCUCGCGGCGCGUCUGAUAAAGAUGCGCAACUUGGCGAGCGCGCCUCAGUCGCAGCAACAAGCCUUCGCGGAUGAGACGCUCACCAUUUACGCCCCUCUCGCCGCGCGCCUGGGGAUUUUCAGCGUGAAGAACGAGCUCGAGGAUCUAACAUUCAAAUGGAUGAAUCCGCAAGCGUACGCAGAGCUGUCUCAGACGCUCGAUCAGCGCGAGUCAAUCGUCGCCGCGCUGAACAAGCUCGACGAAGAACUCUCGUCCCGCCGUGCGCAAGUCGUCGACUUGUGCGGACGUCAAAAGUCAGUGUAUUCAGUGUACAAGAAGAUGCUAUCCAAGAACCAAAAGCUCGAAGACAUCAUGGAUUUGCGCGCCAUUCGAAUCAUCGUCGCCGACGGCGAUAACGACGCCGAGUCUGAGCAAACGUGCCGAGAGACGCUUGAAAUCGCGCUGUCGACUUUCCAGUCUGUCGAAGGCAGGUCGAAGGAUUACAUCGCGAAUCCGAAGGCGAACGGGUACCAAUCCUUGCACGCGGUCGUUCGAGACGAAAACGAAACCACGUUUGAGAUUCAAAUUCGUUCUGCCUCGAUGCACAGAACCGCAGAAUUUGGCGUCGCCGCUCACUGGCGUUACAAGGAGCACGAGAAAUCGGCUACGAGCGCCAAGGUGGAUCAGCAAAUUCAGUGGGCGCGCUUCAUGUUGACGUGGCAAAACGAACUCGAUGACCAGCAAAAGAUUCGUCCCGCGCGCGUGGCGCACGCCGUGGACUGCGGUGCGGCGCUUCGACCUUGCAUGUUCCCGACGCACUCCGCCGACUGUGCGUACAGUCGGGAGGAGGGCUUUUGCCAGUCGUGCGAAGUGGAAGACGACUCUCCGAACUACAUCAUCACCGUCGUCGACGGCGCUGUGGCGGUUCGCGAGAUUGCGCAAAACUCCACCUUGGCUGAUCUUAAGCUCGAAGACGCGCACGUCCCUGGAGGGGCGCGAUCGAGUGAGUUUUACCGCGUCUCGAGCGUGCGCGUCAACAAAAAAUCCAUCGCGACUGCAAACGCAUCCUCGACGACCUUGAAAAUGGGUGACGUCAUCGAGGUAAACCGCACGCGUAUUCUGUCGCCAAACAAAAGCUGGGACGAGGCGGAUGACGUGUCUGUGUUCGAGGAUUUGAACCUCGAAAUUCACGCUUUGCCGAAGACGGACGCCGUCGACAGGACCACGGUUCGGAUGAUCUAA